GAAACGUGUGGGGGCCCCUGAAUUGUACGAGGUGUGGUUUUUGUGUAGAGUAGAGGUCGCUGCGGCUGAUCACAGGACUUGGCUGGAGAUAUUCUUCCAUCACUUUUCUGAGUGAAACGAGAGAGAGAACCCGGUUGGCCAGCAGAAGAGACGACGAGAGGUUACAAGUUCCCGAACAUCAUCAUCACUGCCAACCGUUUAUUUUCACUUCACUCACCAUGUUGAGCACAUUGCGUACCGGUUUGGGUGGAGUGUUGAGAAAGUCCUCGUCCCUUCUGGGUGCAGAUGCCCCACGAACAUCAUCCGUCAUCCUGAACAAGGACUCUUAUUUAUUAUUUGGAGUUCGAGAUUAUUCAGGACGAUUGUGGUAUGCAACCAGUGCCCCGCCUUCCAGCAAAGCCCCCUCACCACCAACGCCGAAACCUGGUAGUCCUCCUCCGGCUAAAUCCUCUGGUGGCCCUCCAUCAGGGGGAAAGAGUGGAUUUGCUGCCGCUGCUCCCAAGGGCAAGGGUAAAGGAAAGAUUACUGCCGUUAUUGGUGCCGUCGUUGAUGUUCAAUUUGAGGAUGCUCUGCCUCCAAUCCUCAACGCUUUGGAAGUCGCUGGAAGACAACCCAAGUUGAUUUUGGAGGUUGCACAACAUUUGGGUGAAAAUGUUGUCCGAACAAUUGCUAUGGACGGAACUGAAGGGUUAGUUCGUGGUCAAAAUGUUGCGGAUCUGGGAUCUCCUAUCACCAUUCCUGUUGGACCAGAAACGCUAGGAAGAAUCAUGAACGUCAUCGGUGAACCUAUUGACGAGAGGGGUCCAAUAAACACGGAUAAAUUCGCACCCAUCCAUGCUGAAGCCCCAGAGUUCACGGAAAUGAGUGUAGAACAAGAAAUUUUGGUCACUGGAAUUAAAGUGGUUGAUCUUCUUGCACCAUACGCUAAGGGUGGUAAAAUUGGUCUAUUCGGCGGUGCUGGAGUCGGAAAAACUGUGCUUAUUAUGGAACUGAUUAACAACGUUGCAAAGGCCCACGGUGGUUACUCUGUUUUCGCUGGAGUCGGAGAAAGAACGCGAGAAGGAAAUGACUUGUACAAUGAGAUGAUUGAAGGUGGUGUCAUUUCACUCAAGGACAAAACGUCCAAGGUCGCAUUGGUGUACGGUCAAAUGAACGAGCCCCCAGGCGCUCGAGCUCGUGUCGCCUUGACUGGACUUACUGUUGCUGAAUAUUUCCGAGAUCAAGAAGGACAAGAUGUGUUGCUUUUUAUUGACAAUAUUUUCCGUUUCACUCAAGCCGGUUCUGAAGUGUCUGCUCUGCUGGGUCGUAUCCCCUCUGCCGUCGGUUAUCAACCUACUUUGGCAACUGACAUGGGUAGCAUGCAGGAGAGAAUUACUACUACCAAGAAGGGAUCUAUUACAUCUGUUCAAGCUAUUUACGUGCCGGCCGACGAUUUGACUGAUCCUGCUCCUGCGACAACUUUCGCUCACUUGGACGCCACCACUGUGUUGUCUCGUGCCAUCGCAGAAUUGGGUAUCUAUCCAGCUGUCGAUCCCCUUGACUCCACGUCUCGUAUCAUGGACCCCAAUGUCAUUGGGCCUGAGCAUUACGGAGUUGCUCGAGGUGUUCAGAAGAUCUUGCAAGAUUACAAAUCCCUUCAGGAUAUCAUUGCCAUUUUAGGUAUGGACGAGUUGUCUGAGGAAGAUAAAUUAACUGUUGCCCGCGCGCGUAAGAUUCAACGAUUCCUGUCACAGCCCUUCCAAGUCGCUGAGGUCUUCACUGGUCAUCCAGGAAAAUUGGUACCUAUUGAGGAAACUAUCAGAGGGUUCAAGAAAAUCCUCGGAGGUGAAAUGGAUCAUUUGCCUGAAAUGGCCUUCUACAUGGUCGGUCCCAUUGAAGAAGUCGUACAAAAGGCAGAAAAAUUGGCGCAGUAAAAAUUGCAGAGUCCCAACAGUCUUAAUUAUCUAAUUAAAUAAAAAAUGAUAGUCAAUUAUACAGAAUAUUCGGCUCUUAAAUUUGUUGAUCUUAUAGAAGAGUUUCUGUAAACGGUUUGAAUAAGCAAUAUGACAUUAUGGUUGACUUCAAUUUUUGUUAGAUGUGUAUUGGAUCCGGUGUACGUUGGUGGAAUGCGUGUGUAUGUAAUUGCUGGUGAUGAUUUUUCCCGUCGAGUAGGAUGUUAUUCGCUAGUUCAAUACCCUUUUAGAGAGGCUCUUUUAAUAGAACAUUCAAUUAUUGGUUAUUCGAAGCGUCAAUCUGAGCAAAAGCAUUUGUAGGUAAUAAGUAACGUAGUAGUUGUACAUUUAUCGAGAAAUUAAAAUAAAGUAAUAUUUAAUGUUUUUGGUA